CUCACCCAGCUCAAGUCCAGAUUUUGUCGUAAGGAUGGACUAAUAUCAGUGCAAAAUCCCUGAUUCACCGACCCCAACCCGCCGUCUCCGCGUCUAGACCUCGUUCUUCCCGUACAGGUCCUCCAGCGAGACUUACCCACCCUGCUCUAGCGAACUGUCCGUUGGCCAUGAUGCGAGCUACUGCAGGAACCUCUCAGACAAACAUACCCCUUCUCGAAUCAGACCGACUACUGUUUAAUUUCCGCUCGCAAGGGCCGUGUGCCAGUCAUUAAUUAAUAUAUUUUGGGCACGUGUGCACUACUUCAGGGUGAACCUUUGCACCCUGUUCUUUGUCAUUGGAAACCAUAUCCUCCACGCUGCGCGACUAUACGAGAGAUCUUAACCCUGAAUAGAAACAUUAUAUUGGUCCGAAAUGCCUGGGUUACCAGCUAGUAUCGACCUCGACGAGUGCAUUGAGAGACUCUACCGGAAAGAGUUGUUGGCAGACUCGGUGAUCGAAGCAAUAUGCGCCAAAGCGAAGGAAUUGUUGAUGAAGGAGAGCAAUGUAGUCCAUAUUGCGGCUCCGGUCACUGUGGUCGGCGAUAUCCACGGACAAUUCUUCGAUAUGAUCGAGAUAUUUAAAAUCGGCGGCUUCUGUCCGAACACAAAUUACUUGUUUCUGGGCGACUACGUGGAUCGUGGAUUGUUCAGCGUGGAGACAAUCUCCCUUCUCGUGUGCUUGAAACUUCGAUACCCCCAGCGCGUUCAUCUCAUCCGAGGCAAUCACGAGUCGCGCGGCGUGACGCAGUCGUAUGGAUUCUAUACCGAGUGCGCGCGAAAAUACGGCAAUGCCAAUGUAUGGCAUUAUUUCACCGAUAUGUUCGAUUUCUUGACCCUAAGUGUGGUCAUUAAUGACCAGAUCUUCUGUGUGCACGGCGGUCUUUCCCCGUCCAUUCAUUCUAUUGAUCAAAUUAAAAUUAUCGAUCGGUUCCGCGAAAUCCCGCACGAGGGCCCCAUGGCCGAUCUCGUUUGGUCGGAUCCCGAUACUGAGCGGGAUGAAUUCUCCCUGUCGCCCCGCGGAGCGGGCUAUACCUUCGGUGCUCAGGUCGUUCGCAAGUUCCUCGAGGUCAACAGCAUGUCGCAUAUCCUCCGGGCCCACCAGCUGUGCCAAGAAGGAUACCAGGUACUCUAUGAUGACCGGCUCAGUACAGUCUGGAGUGCGCCAAACUACUGCUACCGGUGCGGGAACCUAGCUAGUGUGCUGGAGGUGAGCGACACGGGCGAGCGGUAUUUCAACAUCUUCGACGCGGCGCCGGAGAAUGACAUCCAUCGCGGCGAACAACAGGCGCAGCAGAACAAGGACGGCCAAAGCCCUGUGAUUGACUACUUUCUGUGAUACCCUUGCUUUUUGUCUUUUCUUCUUGCUUCUCCUUGCUUCUUUCCUACUUGUCUUGUUACUCCUUCCCUAUAUCAUUUACGGAGUUGCUUUUGGGAGUUUGGUAAUGUCACGGCAUUUAUAGACAACAUCCAGGAGCGAUGUCUGGGAUAGAUAGAACCAAGGAACCAAGACACAGUGCGAUUAGGUCUUUA